AUGCUCUAGCAUAAAAGAAGAUGUGUGGGAAGUAGGCCCUGGAAGAUCAAGUCCAAUCUGGUGCAGGGAUUUUCAGCUUCAGACCUCCUCAAGCAUCAGCCUUCAUAGGAGAUGUACAAAAUCCAUUUGGCACACACAGCCCACAAUUCACAGCAUGGGCGUGUAUAUCUGUACAGAUUGUGCCUAGGAGUUGUAUGACUUCCAGGGACUGGGUUGAUGCUCUGAACAAGGGUGCCAGAGACCCGUCGCUGAACCAGAGCUGUCCACCAAUUACAUGGGUAGCCCAGAUGCUGCAGUGCCACCAGCUGAUGCCAUGACACAGACGUUCCCAGCCCAGUAUCCUCCGCCACCACCCCAGGCCCGGCUGCCUCCACAGUAUCACCUUCACAGCACGUCUUCAGAGUACCCAUCCCCAACAGCGCCGGAUCAUGGCCUACGCAUCUUUCCCGAGCAGGGAAGCGCUGCACCAGAACCACUGCCUUUGCCCCCACCUCCUGCGCAACCAGAAGAGGUCCCUGCGCCUGAGCUGUCACCUGAAGCCGAGGAAGCAGAAAACAGUGAGAACAAAGCCCAGCCCAAACGCCUACAUGUCUCCAACAUCCCCUUCCGCUUCCGCGACCCAGACCUGCGACAGAUGUUUGGGCAAUUUGGGAAAAUCCUGGAUGUGGAGAUCAUCUUUAAUGAGCGUGGCUCUAAGGGUUUUGGCUUUGUCACCUUUGAAAACAGCCAGGAUGCUGACCGGGCACGAGAGAAGCUGAACAGCAGUAUUGUGGAAGGGAGGAAAAUUGAGGUCAACAAUGCCACGGCCCGUUUAGUCACCAAGAAGCCCCCAGCAGCACCUGUGGUGAAUGGAUGGAAGAUCAAUCCUGUGAUGGGUGCUGUCUAUGCCCCUGACCUGUACACAGUGGCCAGCAUCCCAUACCCCAUGAUGGCUCCAGCUGCCCUGGCAUACCGAGGGGCCCUGCGAGGUCGUGGCCGAGCCACCAUCUACAAUCCCAUCCGAGCAGCACCUGCCCCCUCCCCAGUUCCAGCCUAUGGCAGUGUACUCUAUCCAGAUGGUCUCUAUGGUUCUGACCUCUAUGGUUACCCCACAGCUUACAGGGUGGCCCAGACACCAGCAGCUGCAACAGCAACAGCAGCUUAUAGUGAUGGGUAUGGACGGGUCUACACUACUGCUGAGCCCUAUCACCACACAAUGACCCCCGCCUAUGGAGUCGGUGCCAUGGCCAGCUUGUACCGAGGAGGAUGCAACCGCUUCACUCCGUACUGAGGGACCAAGCGCUGGUGCUGAACAACUAGGAGGCACCUGUGAGCUUGACGGCACAGAUGGUGGGACCUGGCGCUGAGAUAGUCGUGUGUGGUUGUGUGUGUGUAAAUGAGAGAGAGAGAAAGACAGGCACAGGCAGACACGUGGCACAGAUACCUCCCUACUUGAACCUCUCGCCUUCUCGUGAGCUUCGGCAUCAGAAUCCUGGUUUCUCCUGUUUUUGUUUUUGUUUUUGCUGUUGGACAGAGGCCAGAGGUUGGGUGGCAAAUCAAAUUAAAAUGCAGGAGAAACAGACAACAUGUCAUCACAGCUAGGUUUCAGACUUUGUACACUGGAUUAAAGUAUAUGGAGGGGAUGGCGUUCAGAGCAGAGACCUUUUCUUUGAAACUUUUCUGUGCUCUGCUGCAUGCUCAGAGAGGCUCCCAGUCGUCUCUGACCCUUUUUGCAUACCUCUGCUGCAAACCUUAAGUUUAAGAGGUACGGCUCCCAACUAAGGAACUCAAGGGGAACUGUAUUUCAAGAAAGGACUAGGGUCUCUAACCGUGUUCUCUCUAAUUUUUCUCAUCUGUGUGUGGAAUGAGUUUUGUUCUGAGCGGCAGGAUUAAGGCAGUAUGUACGCACAUGGAUUCAGAGUGGGGCCUUCCUGAUUCAACCUGAGCAGGAUCUAAAAUGAACGAGUGGGCAUCAAAAAAUGUGUGAGUGUGUGCACAUGCGCACACCUUAGAGGGGACACUGGUAACAAAUAAUUCUCAGUGCCUGCAUGAAACUGCAGUUCUUAGGCUUCUUGGAGGCAAGGAACAUGAAUAUUUUAAAAUAUGGUUCAAAUUAGCAUUAAAUUUUGUUUAACUUUGUAGCACGCACUGCUAUAGAUCUGUAUGGCGCUUUUGGCUGGUACACAGAGCAUGGCAUACAGAAGAAGAAAUCAAGCAAAACUUCCCCCAAAUAAGCCAAAAUCUUGGUGCAAUGUUUGGCCUUGCCUUGCCACAAAAUAGGAGUGUCGAAGGCAACAUCUGGACUAUUAGUACAUCAGUUUAACUGUGUGGCUUCCUCCCAAGAAUCCUGGGAAUUGUAGGAUGACGGUACUAAGAAUUAUGUUAAAGAAUUGAUCCAUAGCCCUCCUCUUGGGACUAUAGUUCCCAGAGUGCUCUAGGAAAAGGAAUGACUGUUAUCGCAGUUAAUGUCUCUGUUAUAGAUAUGCCAUGUGGUUUAGUGCAGAAAUCUCAGUAGCUCUCUCUGGAGUUCUCCCCUUCCUCCUCUCAUUCCCUGUCCUUUUCCUUCUCUUUGGUUGCUCUUUUGUGUUUCUCCUUCAUGCUGCGCUCCCACUAUAUUCUUUGUGUGUUCCUCUGUAUUUCAGAUCUGCUUCGAGUAUUGGUUCAGGAUAUGCACUGGCUGAAGCCAGCCUCUGAUUUUUCUGUGAAAACUUUCAUAACGUGUUUUGUUUUGUUUUUUAAUUAUCAUUUUAAACUCUGGGAAAGAUCUUUAUAUUUUUUAAAUAUAUGAUUUCCCAGCUUUAUAUUAUGACGUGAAAAACUGUAGGAACAUUUAAGCUUUUCGUUUUUGGGGGGGGAAAUGGCUGUGAUGCAGAGAAAUAGCUUGGCAUGCAGGUAUAGCAGAGGUCCUCCUUCUGUAAAGAGAAAUUAAAAACACAUCCAGGGAAUUGAUUCCAUAUGAAACUAUUCAACAAGUAGAUGCUGUUCAGCAUAGCUCCCCUUUGCAUGUCCUGUUGUGCCAGGGUUUGCACAUCUAUGGAUGGAGAAGAGCACAGGCGUACCUGUGCAUGCACAUUUGCUCAUAUGAUCACAGCCAAUAUUGCAUCCAAAUAUUCAACAUUUUCAAGAGCCAUAAAAACUUAGACUGGAAUCCAAGCAGUUGGGCAUUUUGAAGCCCAGGGGAUUUUAGUGUGCUUAACCCUCUUCUAUUUGAUCGGUGAGACCUGGGAUGUCUAAUUUUAGUUGGAUUGAAAGCACCAAAAGUUUUGAGGUUUGUUUAAUUGGACAAUCAAGAGCUGAAAAUUAGUAACGUUGGCUGAAAUCCUGAGUUACAAAGUGCUUGCGUAACAAGCAAACUGCAUUAGUGCAAGAAGACUGUAUAGUUGCACUGAAAAACCUCAGGUCGUGCUCAACUGUGCAAAAGUUCCAUUUAAAACAAAUGAAUUGUGCCGCAGUUGCAAACUGUUGCUCAAGCACGCUUGCUGUAGCACAGCGUCCGUCUGGAAUGCAAACACUAGACUUAACGCAAGUUAAACUAGCACAACAUCCUUCUACAAGCACUGGAUUAUCAGCCACAGAAAACCUUUUGAAUACUUGGAAACUGCAGUACAGCCCCCAUUGACAUGCUGGUGAUCCCAAUAAAGCAAGUGGCAGUUCUUGCAAAUAACUCUAUGCAGGUCUUUAGUCUAUGGCUUUUGAAUAGGCAACUUUAAAAAAAAAAAAAAGGAAAGCAUCCAGCCAGCUAUUUCAUUUUCCUCUGAAAAAUGCUGAUCCCAAAGCUGAAGACAUUUCUGUUCCUAGCAAGAAAUUGCUUCACGUAUUUGUGGGCCUGAGUAUCUGGCAGUGCCUGCUCAGUUCACGGUGCAAUAUCUCAGGGAAAUCCUUCCAAGUAGAUGCUUGUUCUUCUUUUUACUGUUUCCUUGUUACUGUAAUAAAAUCCUGAUUCUGGCUAA